GUUGUUGUUACUGUUUCACUUCCACGCAGGAACAGCUACAACAUUUUCAUACAAGACCUAUUGCUAUUUCUAUGUCAUUUGGUCUUUUUCUUUGCGCCAAAGAAAAGUUUCUUUCCUCUUCAUUUUCCCAACAUGUUCCUACUUCCUCUAUUUCCUCUCCCUCUCUUCAUUAUAACAUAACAUCCUUCUAUGCUCUAAGACCCUGUUCAUUCUUUACUCUUUCCUCUCCACUUUUAUGAUCUUCAAUUAAAUUCAACCAUUUCAUGAGAUUUUGCACACCUUCAACUACCAAUCCGAUCCAACCAAGAUAGUGAAAGUAUAUUGGGAGAGCUUUGUUUUCUGAAUUUGAUAUUUGACUUUGACAUCUAUAACUUGCAAAAUUUGGGGCCAAGACUCAACAUUUGGACCAUAUAUAUAUAGUUGAUUAAAUAUAUAUUUGAAGCAAUAUGUCUGGUAAAGUGGUUACCAAAAUUCGGAUAGUUAAAUGUCCUAAAUGCCGGCAACUUCUUCCAGAGCCUCAAGGAUAUUCUGUGUACAAGUGUGGUGGAUGUGGUACUGACCUUCAAGCUAAGAAACAAAGUUCGGUUGCGAACUCAGAUUCUAGUGUUCCAGAAAUCAAUGCAGCUCCUGGGAAAGCAUCGGAUCUUGUUUUUGCAGGUAAACAGCAUAGCGAUAGAAAGCGUCAGGUUCCUCUCCGGAAAGAUAGUUUGAAGGCUAAAGCAACUGCUUCUUCAAGAGAAUGUUAUUUGGAUGGAAAUGGUGAGUUCGAUGGCGGUCAGUUAGUACCGUUUAAGUUCACAGACGAAGAAGAACUGGAAAGUGAGUUGGAUAUACCUAAAUUGUCACUCAGAAGGCAUAGAGUGUCCAACAAAGGUGGUCCAAAUAACAUCACUCACUGUGAGAUUGAGGAGAUAAGUAAUAAUGGAGACUUUUCAUUAGAAAGACCAAAAGAGGGCUUAAUUUGUUCAUCUGAUGAAGAUGGCAAUUAUGACAAAUCAGCUCUGAUAGGGGACAAACCUGAAAUGGAAAUUACUGAAACUAAUUUUGGAAACUUGUCGCUGGAGGGAGCAGAUGCGGUGUUAAUUUCUGGAUCAGAUGAAGAAGAUGCCAAUAAAGAGAAGUCGGUUACAGAAGGUGCAAACCCUGAAGUGGAAAUUAUUGGAAGUGAUUUACAAGGAGUAGAAGACUUGAAUAAUGGAAACUUGCCACUGGAGGAUUUUAAUUCUGGAAUUGAUGGAGAAGAUGCCAAUAGUGAUAAAUCAGCUCUAGUUGGUAAAAAACUUGAAGGGGAAAUUACUGGAAACAAUAUAGCAGGAGAAAAAUUAAAUAAUGGAAAGUGGCCACAAGAGGGAGAAGGAGAGGAUUUAAAUAUAGAAGAUCCUAACAAUGACCAAUCAGCUAUAGAGGAUACCAAAUCUGAAGUGGACACAACAGAAGGUACUACAACAAAAAAUGCAAGCAAUGAGAUUGUAGAUACAUUAGAUACCACAGAAUUAAGAGAUCAUAGUUCAGAGUUUAGUGGUGUUCUUGGAAAAGAAAAACUGUCUAAAUCCUCAACCACAAGAAGCUUGUAUACCGCAGGUUCUUUGAUGAAUGCUUACACCGUUGCUGAAGGAAUGACCAGAAAAGGUAAAGGCCUUGCUAAUAGCUCCUCGUAUGGGGAUCUUGGAACACAACAUCAGUCACAUGUGCCACAUGAAAAAAACCAUGUCAUGAAAGACAGCACAAGGAAUAAAAACAAAGUGUUGGACAAUACAGAACAUGGUUAUUCACGUUGGAUAGAAACAAAGAGAGAUCACAAGUUUCCAUCCAGAAUGCCUUACAGAUCAGGCUAUGAAAGUGGCAGGCCAUCAAAUGGAGUGCAUGAUGAGGGCUCAAGAUUCCUUUCACACGACUCGCGUGAGGACACUGACCAGGAAAAAAUGAAACUGAUGAGAAUGGUUCUAAAGUUGCAGGAUCAACUCAACAAGACUCGCUAUAUGAGUGAGGAAACAAAUGGAAGAGUUUCUGCUGGUGCAUCUUACAAGGGGAUCCGUAGUUCUGCAUACCAAUACCAUAGCCAUGACCUUCAUGAGGGAAGGUCUUCUAAUGCUCUUGAUCACUCUAGAUGUAUCGGAAGAUGUAAUCAUGGAAUUGCGUCCCGCCAAAGGCAUAAGUACUUGCGGAUACCUUAUUCAGCUGAAGCAACAAGUUGUGCACACCAUGUUGAUCAUUCUUGUUACCAUUGUUGUUCCCGUGUCUUAGCAGAUUCUUCUCCACGUGUUCAUUUCCAACAUGAAGAUUUAUACAGGUCCUAUCCAGCGCAAAAUUGUUGCCCUUCAAGUCCACAAUGCUUCAGUGAAACAAAUUCUGAAUUUCAGAGGCAUAGGGCUAGUGUGGUGAGGAAAUACUUAAGGGACAAACAUAACUUGGCUAAGCGACAUCACAAGCCAGUGGCAGGUGGAGCUCCUUUUGUCACUUGUCAUAAAUGUUCAAACCUGCUUCAGCUACCUGCAGAUUUUCUCCUUUAUAAAAGAGUAUGUCACAAGCUGAAAUGUGGUAAAUGUUCAGAGGUACUCAAGUUUUCAUUGAAGAAUGGAAGUCAUGUAGUACCUUUCUCGUCGAAUACUAUAGGUCUUCCAUCUCGUGAGCUUCACCGUAGAAGCGAGGUGAUUAGUGGCAGCAAUAUACCAUCAGUAUCUCAUGUCAACUAUUACCAGUAUUCACCUGCAAAACCCAUUUCAUAUUAUGAUGAUUAUGGGCUUUCUGUCUCUCGAAGCUUCUCUUCAGAAGUAGACCUUGUUUCUCUUACACAACAAAUCCAUCCCUUGAAUGGUGGUAAAUAUGUUAACCCAAACGUCUCUCCUAGCUCAACAUUCAAGGCAAAUAUUGUUGCUUCAAGAUAUUUUAAUGCAAUCGCGGCUCCAACGGAUACAGAUGAAUCAGCUGGAUUUUCCUCCAGUAUGUCUGAAAACAGGAAAUUGUCAGCAGAAAAGGAGGUAAAGCCUCCACAAAAAGGUACUCUUCAUAAACUCAUGGGUUAUUCUACACCAAGUAAAGUGAUAAGAGGGGCAUCUUGUUGAAGGCAAAGAAUCAUUAUUCACUUUAGAACUGAAAUGUUUGGUGAAUCCAAAAUAAAUCUGAAAAGAUAGAGAACGAGGGAGUUCUUAAUCAAUUUUGAUGUAGUAUUUUCCAUCUUGAAACGGGGAAUAGGUGUAUUCAUAAGCAGUCGCAACAUUUUUUUCAUUUUAUGUAUAUAUAUACCAGAUUCUGGAAUAGGUCCUGUGCACAUGUAAUGUACAGAAAUUAAGAUUAUUGUUGUUAAA